AUUGAACACCUACACCUGCCCACACUCAAACAAAACCUCUCUGUUUGCUUCUACUUCUCCCUCCAAAAAUUUCCUUUCUCUUCGAUAAAAUUUCCACUGUUACUUCAAAUGUCGAAUUUCUUAAGCAAUAACAAUCCAAACCCUAAUAAGUCCAUUGAGGUGAAUCAAACUCCAACCGAUUCUGUUUCAAGUCUCAGUUUCAGUCCCAAUUCUAACUUACUCGUUGCAACUUCAUGGGAUAAUCAGGUUCGGUGUUGGGAGGUAGCACGGAAUGGAGUAAAUGUUGCUACUAUGCCCAAAGCUUCUAUAGCGCAUGAUCAUCCGGUUUUGUGCUCUGCUUGGAAGGAUGAUGGAACGACUGUGUUCUCUGGUGGAUGUGACAAGCAAGUGAAAAUGUGGCCUCUGUUGUCUGGAGGACAACCAAUUACUGUAGCUAUGCAUGAUGCACCCAUCAAAGAGAUUGCUUGGAUUCCUGAGAUGAACCUUUUAGUCACAGGAAGCUGGGACAGAACUAUAAAGUUUUGGGAUACAAGGCAGUCAAAUCCAGUGCACACGCAACAACUCCCAGAGCGCUGCUAUGCAAUGGCAGUCAAACAUCCUCUGAUGGUUGUUGGCACUGCUGAUAGAAAUCUUAUUGUUUACAACUUGCAAAAUCCUCAGGUUGAAUUCAAGAGAAUUGUUUCACCCUUAAAGUAUCAGACAAGGUGCGUUGCUGCAUUCCCUGAUCAACAAGGUUUCUUGGUUGGAUCAAUAGAAGGAAGAGUUGGUGUGCAUCAUUUGGAUGAUAGUCAGCAGGCUAAAAACUUCACUUUCAAAUGCCACAGAGAGGGGAAUGAAAUAUACUCGGUCAACUCUUUAAACUUCCAUCCAGUACACCACACAUUUGCUACUGCUGGUUCUGAUGGAGCUUUUAAUUUUUGGGAUAAGGAUAGUAAGCAGAGGCUUAAGGCCAUGUUAAGAUGCAGUCAACCUAUUCCUUGCAGUGCCUUCAACAAUGAUGGUUCAAUAUUUGCUUACUCAGUAUGCUAUGACUGGAGUAAAGGGGCAGAAAACCAUUAUCCGGCAACAGCAAAGACCUCCAUUUUCCUGCACUUACCACAGGAGUCUGAGGUUAAGGGCAAACCGCGCAUUGGUGUGACCGGCAGAAGGUAGAGGACGCUUCUCUGUGAUACUGUUAGUGGGGUGUGCUGGCUUCGAAGAUAUUGUCGAUUGAUGCUAAGUGAUAUCUUUCAUCCUGUGUUUGUAUGUAUGUAUUAUAAUGCAAGUGUGUAUGGUUUGUGCUUUUUCCAAUUUUAUGAUCAAGUUUUCUACCGUAACAGUCUGUAAGUAGGUUUUUUCAUGACUAUGCAAGACGACUUUUAGGUGUGUAGAUAUCAUUGUCAAAUGUUGUAAAGGAUAUAAAAAAUCAGUGGUUAAGUUGUAUAAAUAUAAAUAUUUUACUCUUCCAGCAUC